UCCUUUUCCUUUUCCUUUUCCUUUUUAAGUUUUUUUCAGUUACCUUUAUUUAUUUUCAUUGUUUUUUGAUGAUUUUCAGUUACUAGUUUAUUUAAAGACUGAAAACAUUUUCGAUUGCCAACCUCCCAAUAUAAAUACCCACCAUCCCACCUCUCUCCCUCUCUUUUAUAAUCUGUGUUUAACCUAAGACGUUUUCUUCAAACUUCAUCAUCCCAACAUUUCUGUUCAUGGCGAUUCAAGCACAGCUCUUUUCGGAGAAUCUCGGCUUUCCGCUCGGAAAUUCUCAGGAUUUGAUGGUUGAAAAUGGUUGCGGAUUCGAUAAUCUCUGUUUCGCCCCUCAACAACAGCAGCAAUUGAUUCUGUUCGAUCAGUUUCAGAAUUCGUCGCGGAUUUUAGUUGAUAACAACGCUCAAUUUCAUCAAUUUAUGACGUUUUCGCAGAGCGUUUCGUCGCAUAUAGAGAGGCAGAGGUUGGAAUUCGAGCAGUUCCUCAAUUUGCAGAACGAGAGAUUGAGAAUGGCAAUGCAAGAACAGAGGAAGCAGCAUAUAUCAGUAUUGAUGACGAAAUACGAAUGGAAGAGUGAUUUGUUGCUGAAGCAGAAGGAUGAGGAAAUCGCGAAGGCGGCGAAUCGGACAACGGAGCUGCACAACUUCAUGAAGAAGAUGGAGAUCGAGAAUCUCACGUGGCAGAGAGUGGCGAAGGAGAACGAGGCCAUGAUCGCGUCGCUCAACGACUCCAUCCAAAGGCUGAGAGAGUCCGCGUUUUUGUCGGAGAAUGCAGCGGAAGAUGCUGAAUCUUGCUGCCGAGAAGAGAAAACCGAAACGAAGAAUAAAAUGGUGUGCAGAAUCUGCAACACGCGGAAUUCGUGCGUGGUGAUGCUGCCCUGCCGACAUCUCUGCUCCUGCAAAGACUGUGAGGUUUUUCUUGAUUCAUGCCCUGUUUGUAGUAUGCCAAAGAAAGCAGCCAUUGAAGCAUUAAUUUGAUUUUUCUAUUUUUUUUUCAUUUCAUUCAAAGACGAAAGCUCCUUUCUUUAAUACUUGAGAUUUUGAUCCAUCAUA